GGCAAAAAGACGUCAGGCUGCUACUUGGCUAUUUCUAAUCUUGUGUUACAAGCAAACUCUCUUUACAGAUUUUGCCAUUUCUGCUGAAAAAAGAACUCAGGAUCACAUCGCUUGUACUUGUGCAUAAAAUCUGAAGAGGGCAUGUUUCCGCGAUAGCGACCGGAGUCACCGUACCAUCAAGUUUAAAAGAAAUUAAGACGCCUAGCUCGCCGGCUGCCAAGAUUUGCAAGAAACUUCGAUUUACGUUGAUGGAGCAUUCGUGUGUAAAAAUUACGAAAUAAACCUCGCACAUUCCAACAGAGGUUACAUCGUGGGAACGGAGUGAAUAUCGUUUCUCGCAAGUUGUUUUAUGAUGGACGAGUUAAGAUGGCAUACACCAAACAAGAUGAGAAAUCGCGACAGUUCCUUGAUAAACAGCCCGAGGUUACAUAUGACUCCGGUCAGACGAAACGAGAUCCGUCCCAAACGUAUGGCAUAUCAGAACAAUGCGGGUUGCUUCACCGUUCUGCCAAGUUAUAUUACUCCACCGUCUGGAUUGACUAAGAUCACCAGGAAAAAUCCAUUUGAGGCUGACUUGAACAGUAGAUUACACAUGUCCAUGAUCAGUCCAACUAUAUUUGCCAAGGCCCCAGACUCUAUGGUUCAACAGUCACCAGGAUUUAGAUGGAGCAUAGAUGAGUUAGCACAUAUACGACCAGCAAAGAUAGAAGAAUCUCCUAUGCAGCAGGUUAAUUCUCCAGAUCCCGAGAUAGAAUUGCAAGCUCAGGCAGCUAUAGAUCGAUUUUUCAAGAAAAAUCAAAUAAUUCCUAGCCCAUGGCUACAUAAAGAAAAAAUAAAUAAACCAUAUAGUGAAACAAAUACUCCUAACAGAAUUAUGGAUAUUAUGAAUUCUACCAAGGAAUUCUUUAAAUCAAAAAAAGAAGCAUGGACUCAGACAAUAUUGUCUUUACCUACAAAUCUGCCACAAAAUAUUGAAGAUGCUUUGAAAUCUUUUUGCACAUUUACUCAGGAACAAAAUACAGAUAAUGAAGAUGUAAAUUCAAGCAACAACUCAUUAAGGAGAAAAUUAUUUUUUAAUAACGACAAUGCUGACAAUGAUAAUGAAAGCAUUGCAUCUCUAUCAUCAGUUGAAAUGAAUGGAUCUAUGGUCUUAUCUGGCAGUCCUCCCCAAAGUGGAAUGUUUAUCCAUGGAACAUUGAAGGGAUCGCUAAAAAGUAGACGACACAGCGACAGAUCUGUAAGCUUAUCACCGCCUUUUAUGUCGCCGAUACAACUCGAUAACGAGAAUGGUAUGCUGUGUAAAAAAUUUAAACGUUCAUGUUCGAUCACACGGCUAGACCUUGUAACGGAAAUGAGCAUAGACCAUAUAGAUGCGGACGAAAUUCAAAAUCAGCGCUAUGAUUAUUUGUUAGAUAUAUCCCGCAAUACGAAUACGGAGGCUACAGAAGAUAAUCGUGAAAUUAUAGUUGUAAAUAAUGAAACUAAUUUAUGCGGCGGUUCUGCUGACGUAGAGACAUCGAAAUAUACACAUCCAAUUAGCGCUAUUGUACAAUUUAAACCCGUCGUGUUAAAUAACCAAAUUCAUAAUGCUACUAGCUUAACGUCUGCAACUGAAAUAGAGAAAAGUUGCACGCAUAAAAGUUACAAACAAAGUAAUACAAUGUUUGGUACAUCCGAUCCGUCGAGUAUCUUAAAUUCAGUUCAAGACACCGGCUACCAAACUUAUAGUAUGAAUAGCAUAAUGCACACAGUAGAUGGUUAUAAUAUUUCAAUGCAAAAUCCUAAAGUUCAAUCGAAAGAACAAACGGUAACGUCCAAUCAUGAUGCCCAAUUGUCUUGGAAAGAAGAUAUGCCAAACGUAUUUAGUUCUACACCCUCUAAAUGUAACAAAGAAAAAAAUAGCUGAUAAUAGUAGUCAGAUGUAUCAACUACGCAUAAUAAAACAAUUGUGCUACAUAAUUAAAAUUAUAAUUAUAAU